AUGAUGAUUCCAAAUGUGGUAUAUGGUUGGAUACAAGUGAAUGGUGGUAUAGCAGACCUCAGACUAGCGAAACACUCUACUCUUGCCUCAAGUCCGGAGGAUGCCGAGCUCUUUGUGCCACUGCACGAAGCUUCUGCCAAGCAAUUGUAUCAAGUAAAGAGAGGUCGAGCAGAUGCAAGCAACGCGAGUCCUGCUGUUUUCAGUCAAACUGGAAAUUCCACCUUAGCGGGAAUCGGUUCAUUUCUACCACGAAAACUUUUGUUUGCUGUUCGAUUCAUGGGACAAAGUGUUCUAGAAACCGAGGGCUGCUAG